AUGAGUGAGACGGGAUCACGCAUUAGUAUCAGUUAUCCGAAAUCCAGACAGCGAAAACUCAACAGUAGCAUACGGCUUAUGCACAGUAGAGCACUACUGAAUACGUCAAGAAGACUUGUUCAAAGGUCAGUGAAUCAGUCAAUCAAUUCAGGGACAUCUCUCCGUAACAACAAUGUUUCGCUAGCAAAGAAAGUAUCAGAAUUGCAAAUCGAGCUUAACAGUCAAAGAAUGGCUGCACAACAGGCCAAUAUUGACCUGGUGAAGUGUCGUUUGGAACUAAUGCGUCUCCAGUCAUAUAAAGAAGCUCGAGAAAGGAUAAAGAAUGCUUUUUUAAACAUACAAGAAUCCUUGUGUUCACAAGUGGAACUGGGAAUGUCUGUGAUUAACCUUGUGAAGGAGACGAUGUCUUUGUUGGAUUCAAAUGAACCGCCCAAUCAAGUGACAAAGUGUCCAAGUAUACUGGGUGACACGACGUUUGAUUUAGAUGCGACUGUAUCAAUUUUGCGGGGAAUAACAAGACGUGGACACGUGACAGGAAGAGAUUUUCGUCGUCGGGAAUUCAACAAUAUUCCCGAGAUGGAAAAUUCACCCCGUACUUUGACAGAUAAUUUCAUAGAAGAAGUACGAUGUCUUGGAACAGAUGGUAAUAAUACAAAUGAAGACAAAUAUACCAAUGACCAAGAAUUAAAUCCAUUACCGCUUGGUGAAACUUCAAAUGUUGGUCGUCCAUCACAUCCUUUGAGGCAAAUUUGUGUAACAGUUCCGUCAUCUCCCGCUCCGGCGGAGGAAGAAGAACAAUUGCCCGAAAUACUCGCUACUCCACGUAAUUGUGUUUCUCCAAACAAAGAUGAUGAUGUGGAAAAAGAAACUUUGAGAAGAGAAACUGUAGGAGAAAUUAAUGAGACUGCGACUGUGACUGCACCGCCUCCUGUUGAUGUUGUCAACAGAAAUGAAAACAAUGCUGUUGUCCCUCAUGAAGAUUGGUCAACCAGAUCUCAUUUAGUCAGGAGAGCUCGUUUAAAUGCGAAGCCUAUCAUAGAUACAUCAUCGUUUCUUGAACCACCAGUUGUUAAGAAAAAGAAAAAGAAGGUUGUUAAACGUCGGUUGAUUCGUUCUGCAGACAGUGAGGAUGAUGAUGAUGAUGAUGAUGAUGAUGGUGACGAUGGUAAAGGUAAGAAUGCCGGAACUAUGAAGAACAAUGAUGAUGGGAAUAAAACAGAUGGUAAAAGUAGAUCAAAAGGUUUAAAAGUAAGAAAAACAAACAACCCUGAUAUUGUUGAAAGUGUACCACAACAAACUACUGGACGUAUUAUUGAAACAUGCUUUCGUCGACCUGGUCAGUUAACAUUUAAAGUUGAUGCUAAGAAUCCACUUAAUAUCUGUGCUAGAAGUGGUACUGUUGUCAACAGACAGAAUAAUCCAUCAUCUGCCGUCGAACAGGGGAAACAACAACGAAAGACCAGAUCAAAGACGAGGUUCAUCGACUGUAUUACAGGUUCGAAGUCUCCUGAUAGUCGUAGUAGUGACAAAGAGAACAUGGCAGGGAAUGAAAGAAAAUUACCUCAGGGAAUUAAAUCCGCAAAUGUCUUCGAUUUAUCAAUGAAUCAAACAGCUAACUUGUCUGUACUUCCACCUACUUUGAAUGAUUUACGGAUUAUUAAACAAGGGGAAAAGUAUCAACAGCAAGUUGAGGGAUUGAAAGACAGGCAAGGUGAUAGUACUGAGGGCAAGAUAUCCAGCACCGCUGCAGCAACAAGAAAACGUCCAGUUCUUGGAGAAUUACAGUUACAGAAUGGAGAAGUGAAUUCACCGAUAGGUGAUAAUCGGCGUCCAUCUGUCCUACUAGUCCCAUUAGUUAGUGGAAAUCAACCUCCAGACUCUGAUGCGAAAGAAUCGAAAUCAAGAAAGGGUAAAUUUCGUCGUUUAUGUUUACACGAUGAUGGCGAUGAGAAUGGUGCUGUUGGCAGUAAUAAUAAUAAUAAUAAUAAUGGUACAGCUCCAAGGAAAUCUUUGAGAAACAAGAGGAAAUCAAUUGACAAUGUUGUUGUCGAUCCACUCAUUACUGCGAGAUCAUAUCACUUUAUUCCACUGGCAAACAAACAUCAGCUUUCAUGUGAUCUAUUUCCGCAGGUGCUAAUAUUGGGGAAAUCACGGGGAUUGGCUAGUUGCGUGCAUUUCCGUGCCCCCUUCUCUGGAUAA